AAACGUCAGAGUUUAGGUUCUGCCAGCGGUGGGCGGAAGCUGCGGAACUUCAUACCGCACUUAGCCUGCGUUUUCCAAGUACUGGAGUUUUGUACAUAGGUACCUGGUAUGAUGGCGACCAGACGGGCUCUGAAGGCAGUGCUGAUUGACCUGAGUGGAACCCUCCAUGUAGAAGACACAGCCGUGCCUGGAGCACAGGAUGCCCUCCACAGGUUGCGUCAGUCCUCUGUAGCGGUGAAGUUUGUGACCAACACCACUAAGGAGUGUAAGAGGAACCUUGUGGAGCGUCUCCACAGUCUGAACUUUGACAUCCAGGAGCAGGAGAUCUUCACGUCCCUGACAGCAGCCAGGAGCCUCGUGGAGCAGAGACAACUACGCCCCCUACUGCUGGUGGCGGACAGUGCACUGGAGGACUUCUCAGGUAUGGAGACAUCCGAACCCAACGCUGUGGUGAUAGGCUUAGCUCCAGACCACUUCAACUACCAGACGCUCAACAAAGCAUUCAGGCUGGUUCUAGACGGGGCCCCCCUCAUAGCCAUCCAUAAGGCCAGGUAUUAUAAGAGGAAGGAUGGUCUGGCGCUGGGCCCCGGAGCCUUUGUGACAGGGUUAGAGUACGCUACAGACUGUCAAGCCACCGUUGUGGGGAAGCCUGAGGGGACAUUCUUCCUGGAGGCUCUGAGGGACAUUGGCUGUUGUCCUGAAGAGGCCAUCAUGAUUGGAGACGACGCCAGAGACGACGUGGGCGGGGCUCAAAACAUUGGCAUGCUGGGAAUUGUAGUCAGAACCGGUAAAUACAGAGUUGGAGAUGAGGGUAAAAUUAAUCCUCCACCAUACCUGACCUGUGACAGCUUCACUCAAGCUGUGGACCACAUCCUCCAACACAUCCUUUAACUAUGAUUCUCUCACUAUUAGAUCAUUUAGACAUGGGUAUAUCUCAUCAUGUUGCAGUCCCACACCAGACUAGCACCUCCUCUAGUCCCACAUCAGACUAACACCUCCUCUAGUCCCACACCAGACUGUAACACCUCCUCCAGUCCCACACCAGACGAGCACCUCCUCUAGUCCCACACCAGACGAGCACCUCCUCUAGUCCCACACCAGACUAACACCUCCUCUAGUCCCACACCAGACUGUAACACCUCCUCUAGUCCCACACCAGACUAACACCUCCUCUAGUCCCACACCAGAAUAACACCACCUCUAGUCCCACACCAGACUACACCUCUAGUCCCACACCAGACUGUAACACCUCCUCUAGUCCCACACCAGAUUAACACCUCCUCUAGUCCCACACCAGACUGUAACACCUCCUCUAGUCCCACACCAGAUUAACACCUCCUCUAGUCCCACACCAGACUGUAACACCUCUAGUCCCACACCAGACUGUAACACCUCCUCUAGUCCCACACCAGACUAACACCUCCUCUAGUCCCACACCAGACUAACACCUCCUCUAAUCCCACACCAGACUGUAACACCUCCUCUAGUCCCACACCAGACUGUAACACCUCGUCUAGUCCCACACCAGACUAACACCUCCUCUAGUCCCACACCAGACUGUAACACCUCUAGUCCCACACCAGACUAACACCUCCUCUCAUCCCACACCAGACUAACACCUCUUCUACUCUCACACCAGACUGUAACACCUCCUCUAGUCCCACACCAGACUAGCACCUCCUCUAGUCCCACACCAGACUAACACCUCCUCUAGUCCCACACCAGACUAACACCUCCUCUAGUCCCACACCAGACUAGCACCUCCUCUAAUCCCACACCAGACUGUAACACCUCUAGUCCCACACCAGACUGUAACACCCCCUCUAGUCCCACACCAGACUGUAACACCUCCUCUAGUCCCACACCAGACUAACACCUCCUCUAGUCCCACACCAGACUGUAGCACCUCCUCUAGUCCCACACCAGACUGUAACACCUCCUCUAGUCCCACACCAGACUGUAACACCUCCUCUAGUCCCACACCAGACUAACACCUCCUCUAGUCCCACACCAGACUAACACCUCCUCUCGUCCCACACCAGACUGUAACACCUCCUCUAGUCCCACACCAGACUGUAACACCUCCUCUAGUCCCACACCAGACUGUAACACCUCCUCUAGUCCCACACCAGACUGUAACACCUCCUCUAGUCCCACACCAGACUGUAACACCUCUAGUC